AUGACUGCGAUGGAUGUGACCACUUUUGGCGAAAUUUUGAAGAUUAACCGACCAUUAGGAGUUGGCAAAACACUUCAUUUGACUCCAACGCCGCCUGCAGGAGAAACUCUAAACAAACGGAAAAUGAAUACAGAGAUUUUCGAACACUACAACUACACAGGAAGACUGGACAAUCGCGAUGAGACUGCCAGCGGUACAAUAGACCCAAAAUCGAUAGUUUUUCCCAUUAUAUGCAGUUUCAUAGUCCUUGAGAAUAUGAUCGUUCUCAUUGCAAUAUGGAAGAACCAUAAGUUCCACAACCGAAUGUACUUUUUCAUUGGGAACUUGGCUUUGUGUGACCUUCUGACUGGAGUCGCUUACAUUGCAAAUGUACUGAUGUCAGGGGACAAGACUCUACACCUCUCCACUGUUCAGUGGUUCAUUCGGGAAGGGAGUAUGUUUGUAGCUCUUGGAGGCUCUAUCUUUAGUCUGUUGGCAAUAGCCAUUGAAAGGCAUCUAACCAUGAUCAAAAUGAGGCCCUAUGAUGCCAAUAAGAACUACAGGGUAUUUUUGCUUAUAGGGACAUGCUGGCUCAUUUCCGUAACUCUUGGAGCUUUGCCAAUCAUUGGCUGGAACUGUCGGAACAACUUAGCAGACUGCUCUACAGUCUUACCCCUAUACUCAAAAAAAUAUGUAGCUUUCUGUAUCACUAUCUUCAUGGUUUUACUUCUCGCCAUUUCUGUGCUGUAUGUCCGAAUUUACAUGCUGGUCAAGUCAAGUAGCCGCAAGGUGACCAAGCACAGCAACUCAGAGCACUCCAUGGCACUUCUACGUACUGUUAUAAUUGUUGUAGGAGUCUUCAUUGCUUGUUGGACCCCCAUCUUCGUACUCUUGCUAAUCGAUGUAGCAUGUGAGCACAGGCGUUGUCCUGUGCUGCUGAAAGCUGAUUGGUUUAUUGUCUUGGCUGUUGUCAACUCAGCCAUGAAUCCUGUCAUCUACACCCUGGCCAGUCGAGAGAUGCGGAGGGCAUUCUUUAGCUUGAUAUGCGGUUGUCUGUUCAGAAAGGGUGUUAAAGGAUGCAGACCUAACACUGACCCAAACAGGAGCAAGUCCAGUACUAGCCACAGCCAUAGAGCCAACGAACAGGAAACCCCAGAGAUUUUUGUGACUCAAGCGUCUUUAAAUAUCCCAGCCAGUGCUAAUGGAGGGAAGUGA